CUCUAGUUCAUCAUAUUCUCCAGUUCAUGAUGGAUACGAUUUCUACGCUGUGGGAGCUGGAUACCCUGGAGCGUGCCAAAGACUAUUUGGCCGGCAAUCCAGAUACCCCUCUACGUCUACAGGACUUUAUCGACAAUCAGUUUGCGCAUUCAGAAACAGAACAAGGGAUUGAGUCUUUCAACCCUUCGUCUGGCGGUGUUUUGGUGCAUGUCCCUCGCAGUACACCACCUGAUGUAGACCGCGCGGUGGAUGCUGCCUCGAGAGCAUUCCCAUCUUGGUCGCAAACUUCGCGGACGGAGAGGUCGAACAUCCUGCUGCAAAUUGCUGCGAUCUUGAGCGAGAACAAGGAGCUGUUUGCAGUUUGGGAGAGCAUAGACCAGGGAAAGACCCUAGCUCGGGCCCGAGUUGAGGUUGAUCGUGCUAUUUCGAAUUUCCGAUACUUUGCAACGUAUAUCCUACACGACGAGGGCGCAGUGCGCUUUGCCGAUGGCCAGGGCUCAUCCACCUUGACAUACGAACACAGAUCAGCUGUCGGUGUGUUUGCACUCAUCUCGCCAUGGAACAUGCCCCUUUACCUCCUGACAUGGAAAAUCGCACCUUGUCUCGCAUUUGGCUGUACCGGUGUAGCAAAACCAAGCGAGGUAACCAGCAUAACUGCCUUUUUGCUGGGUGAAGUCUUCAAACGAGCAGGCCUUCCACCUGGCGUCAUGAAUAUCGUUUUCGGUGAUGGGCCUGGUGCAGGUUCAGCGCUCGUGAAAUCACCGCGUGUGCGCGGAGUGUCAUUUACAGGAAGCACAAGCACAGGAAUCCGCAUCCGACAGGACACUGCGAGUGAUAUAGGCAAGCAUCUGUCUCUUGAGCUCGGCGGGAAGAAUCCAACCCUCGUCUUUGAUGAUGUCGCCCUGGCUCAGGCGGUGCCUCUGGCUGCCCGUGCUGCUUUUGAGAAUAGCGGGCAGAUUUGCUUAUGUGGUUCGCGUAUCUACGUCCAUCAAGCUAUCUAUGCACAGUUCCUGGCGGCGUUUGUGGAAUAUGUCCGAACGCAUUACGUGUGUGGAGAAACUGUCGGGCCUGUCGUCUCGUUGCAGCAUUAUGCUAAGGUCCGGUCCUAUUUGUUGCAGGCACAAGAAGAGAAGGCAACCUUCCAUAUUGGAGAAGUGCCAACGGAUCAUCCACAGCAUGGCUUCUGGAUCACACCGACGGUUCUUAGUGGUGUUGGCGUUGAUAGCCGCAUUAUGCGAGAAGAGAUAUUUGGGCCCGUCGUCACUGUGGCACCGUUCGAAACUGAAGAAGAGGCAAUUGCAUUGGCAAAUGAUAAUCCGAGCGGCCUUGCCAGUGUCCUCUUGACUAAUGAUCUCUCCCGGAUGCGCCGAGUUGGAGAACGGAUUGAUGCCGGUCUGGUAUGGGUGAAUUGCUGGCUGGUGCGCGAACUGGGGACGGCAUUCGGGGGCAUGAAGGCGUCUGGCGUGGGGCGAGAGGGAGGAGUCCACAGUCGCGAUGUCUUUACCAAUGUCCGUACUAUUCAUAUAUAGCCAAUAUACAGAAUUAAUCUCUUC